UUUCGUACAAAUUUCUUAUUUAAUGGUCUUUUACAAAACAAUAACCAGGGUAAAUAAUUGAGUGAAAGAUUCUUUUUCUAUCCAAUGAGAAACUUGGAUAUCUGGACCACCUGUUGUUCGGCAAACAUCGACAAUCUCCGGCUAUUUCCGUGAAAUGUUUUCUGAAAAUGGCGGAUGUUCAAAACAGGAUUUUUGCCAUGGAUGAGGAAAAACGUGAAAUGCAGAUCAUGUCCUAGCUCUGGAUUAUUGUGAGGUCCUGUUCAGUUCACAUCCAAACAGGCACUGUUCUAUCAUCACCACGGGCACCACCGUGACACCUCAAACCACCCCAUGGCUUCUUCAGACCUCUUGUCGCUGAUCGCUCUCGGGCACAAGUCCUCGGAACUCGAGAUUCAGGUUCUGCACGGCCUGCGAGCGCAGCUGCAGCCCCGCCCGCCUGUCAAUCAGACACCGAGCAACUCCUCCAUGGACGCUGACGAACAGGCGUGGCUCGCCAUGGCGACCAGGUCAUUAGGAGAUGAAGAGGGCGAGGACCCUUUCCCAGAGAAACAGCCGCAAGUGGUGUGGGGCGGUCAAUCGGACCUGAACGCCGUCACGCGGUAUUUGUUCGAGCGGAGAUUCGGCUGGUCGGAGGCGCUGCUCUGCGCUGCGAAGGACGGAGACGGCCAGAGGUCGUCCCAAGGUCAGCUGCUGACCAAAGACAAUGGGAAGUUCAAAGGUCAACUGAAUGAGAUGCUGGAUGAGUUCCUGAAAUGGUUUUUCUGCCAAAACCUGUGCAUGCCGCUGCUGCAGAGUCUUCUCAGUACCAUCCAACAAGCCCACAGCAAGCCUGUGGUGCGUAUGCAGACAUACAUCCACAUGAUGGACUGGCUCAAGCACAACGCUGACCAGGAGCUGACCCAUGGCAACUUUCAACUGGUCAAGAACCUGCUGGUCUCAGGUUUGACUGACAUCUGGUCGGCCAUCAGGAAUGCUGUGGUGGCGCGGCUGUCUCCUGUCAUCGAGUGUUUCAGUCUGGUGCAGCUGGAGGACUUCUUCACACAACUAGUCAAGGUUUGUCAGGAUGAAGAGUCGAGCUGGCAAAAGAAGGAAGGAGCUGUUAUGGGGAUCAAUGCCGUUGUCCGGAGGUUCCACUGGGUAGGCACCCAGUCUACAGAUAGUAUGGCCUACUUACUGAAGUUUGGUCCUGAGGAGAUGUCUCGCCUGCCGUCCUUCAUCACACAGAACUUUAACGACGUGGUGAGGCCGCUCCUCGCACACGCCCAGCUCAGCAUCCGGGAGCACGCCACCAAGGCCUACUCCUCAUACCUGUCCAGGUGUGAGUUCAGGGAAGCUCUGAGCUCAUUCCGUGAGGUGAUGUCACACCUGUGUAGAGACAGUCAACCUGAAACUCAGGCAGCAGAACAGCAGUCCAUACUCCCACAUCUAGCAGUGUUAAGAAAAGAGUACAGUUUUAUGGAUGCCUAUGAAGCGGAGGGGCUUCUGGGGGUCUGUGUCUUCUUGGUCAAGCACAUCCCACCAGGUUUCAUGCUGCCCAGCUGGCCGUACUACUUCUCGACCUUUAACCUUUACCUGAUGCACCCAGCCUCCACUGUGAGACAGGCCACCAGUCAGGUCUUCAAGUACCUCGUUGCAAAAGACUGUAACAACCCCACACUGCUGAAGCUGGUACUGCAGGGGUUGUGUGCAGACUGGAGUGUGGACCUGCAGUCUCUGGAGGGACACAGUCCACGCCCAAGAUUGUCAAGUUUUGGAAAGUCUCCGCGCCAGGCAUGGGGUGAGGGAGGGAGGAAGGAUGUGGACAGACUGUCCCCUGGGUCCAGUGGUUCCCCCCUGGGUGUCUCCCCACGCAGACGGAGAGCCACCAUACAGGACAUCCACAGCUAUGGAGGAGAUGACCCAACCACAGCCAUCUCGGAGACCUGGGAGUGGCGGGAGGGCAGGUUAUUUGCAUACGAGCUGAUCCUGAGAUUCCUGGUGACCAAUCACAUCCACUACCUGUUCCCAUCCCUCGUGAGUCCCGUCGGACACGCCAGGUUUGACGGCAUGGCUUCUACCGAUGACGUCAUUGUUGGACAGAGGAAGCUGGAGAUAGGCAGAGACCACAUCCGCCAUCAUGAGCCCAUACAGAAGAGCUUCAGCCAUGCAGGCAUGACUCUGCGCCAUGCUCUACACAGUCAGAACCACGGGCCAACCUCACUGCUUGACUCGGCACCUUUUGGCCAGCGUCCACACCAGCUCUUGCACAGACCCUUCUCUGUGGACGGAGCAGAGGAUGCACACAAUAUAGAACAACAACAACAACAACAACAACAACAUGGCAGCUCACAGACCAAGUCACUCACAUCACAGAGACGAAGACUGAGAGUGCGGAUGUACAGUGAAAUCACGCCCCCUAUCAUGGAGAGUGGGAACUCCCUCCAGUCCAUGGUGCGGGAGUAUAACUACCACGUCCACCUCAACACACCGUUCCGUCCACCCAAGAAGGGCUCCAUGCCAUCCACAUACUCACUCCUGGACCAGACUAGGAGAUUUGAUGGUGAAGAAGAACAAAGUGGCGGGUCCAGUAGAAGUCGGCUGUGCCUGUCGUCACCCGUCAAGGACCAGCUGUCAGCCCGUAACCAUGACGACGAGUCCUGGGUGGAGGACGUACAGUUUGAACAGUUCUCUACAGUUUUAAGACAGAUGUUGUACCAGACAGUCGAGUGCCUUGCAGACUCCAGGUGGGAACUUAGGAGGAUGAGCCAACAGGUCCUCCCCCUGCUGAGUGAGACGAUCCGAUGGUACAACCUGUCCAUCCUGGAGGACCUGUGGGACACCUACCUGACCCCUGACCCCUCGGUGCUGUGUUUCGGGGCUUGUCUGAUGAUCAAACACAGCAUCCAGCACUGUGCACAGCUCACCCAUCUCAUGGAGGAACCCAUGCCUUCAUGGAAGGACCCUGACCUGUGCAGACAAGCCUUCCAUCCCAUCAUCAACUUCAUGGAGAAAGGUCUGUUGUCAUGGAUACGACCUGUCUGUGGGCUGCUGAGCAGGGCAUGCUGGGACAAGCUUUCUGUGGUUGCCAUGGAGAUCAUCAUGCUUGCCAAUUGUACUUUUCCCAAAGCAAAUUUUGGCCAUGAGGAUGUUGUGGUCAACAGUAUCAGACACCUUUUUACCUAUGCUCACACCAGCCACCCGAUUGCACAAGACAAUGUAAGAACAGGGAACAUCAGACCUUUCAAGACAGCAAAAGAAGGAUUCCUGUGUUGUGGAGGUCGUCUGGACUCAAGUUGUGGCCAGUCCAACCCCAGACAGGUGGAGAAGUAUGUCCUGAGUGAAACCCAUGGUCUGUUGUCCCCGUUUCUACGGAGGAGUGAUCUCCGACAUACAGCAGUGCUGCUGCCCAUCCUGGCCUGCUACGCAAACUUCUACAGUGAUGAUAACGACGUCUGCACAUCUAUGUUAGAAGGGAUGACCAGUAUCCUAUACCUGCUGGGAGACCACGUACAUCAGUGCCCAGGGGAAAUGUUGGGGGUUGAGUACAGUGAGUACUGUGCGCAGGCAGCAACAGAACUUGCAGAUAUCAUCGCCAAUAAGGAGAUGGUGGAACUGUCCCUUUUGAGGCCGAUCCUGGAGACCUUCUACCUGGUCAGCACCCUGAUGUUAGAUGGCUGUCACCUGCACACUCUCUUCAACGCUAUCAGUGCCAGACUCAGUCAGGUGCUCCAGCUGAGAGUGGACUCGCCCCAGAUCACAGACCCCAGUCUUGCCAUUCUGUCUAACGACAUCCCCCCCAGCCCUGUGGACCCAGGCCCCCCACUGUCAGAUGACGAUGACGACUCGGAUUCAACCCAAAGAGGAGGGUUUCUGAAUGCCAGUGGGAGCAGCAGGGAUGGGAUAGCAGGGAUGAUGGGGGGGCCGUCCCCCUCUCCUGUCAGCUACGACUCCAACCCCUCCUCCGACUGGGACAGCUGGGACGAGGACGAAGAGGACCAGUCAGCACUGAGUGUCCUGUUCUCAGAGUUCCUCCAGAGACUACAGAGAUUCUACACCGUCGCACAGGAAGGCCGUAUGAGCAGUUUCCAAACCCAGCUGGGUCACUUGAGCAGCAGUAAGCAGAGAGUCAUGCGAGACCUGCUCAACAACAGGCAGCCCGACACAGGACCGCCGCCCGCCAAGAAGGCCCUCAGCUUCGACUCGCAUCACCUGCCCUCCGACCUCUGACACGAGCCACGAAAACUUGCCCUUCAACCUCCACACCAAAGGACGUCACAGUCUCUCUGCUGGUGCCACAGUGUGUUGGGUGUUGAAAGUCCAGCAACAGGAGUCGUAGACAUUUGUCCUCUUGACACUCAGUGAAAGUUGUAGUGAAGUGCUAUGAUACCUUUGUCAUACCGGUAUAUGCUCUCAGACAUUAAAGAAUACAAGACUAAAGCAGGCAUUCUCACUGGGCUGCACCUAUUGGCAACUGUUUGCAAAAGACAUUUACUAACAGUCGCCAAUUGGUCUACAGAAACGGCAAGUCUUUUUUUGUUUUGAUUCUUUAAAAAUCGCAUUCGGGAAAAUGUUGCAAAUGGGCAUGAACUUGACGACAACUAGUCUCCAACAGGCCCGAUGACUGCAUUUUGUUUGUAGAGGUCACGUAUUUUACCUGUGUGUAACACGUCAGUGUGACCAUGAGGGAAAAUCGGCGAAAUUUUUUUCUAAAUUGCCGCAAUAAUUUGUCGCUAACCGGUGCAGUGCAGUGCAGUGAGAUACCGGCUUUAGGAUAACUGACACAACUUUGCCCUCUGCCAUUAGGUACAAGUCUGACAGUUGUGGCGUUACUAGGCGUUACUAUCAGCGUUGCUAGGUUACCAGGGCUCCCAUGUGAGGACUGAGUAUGAGAGCCCUGGUAAACAAGCGGCUGAUACUCAGGCUAUGACAGUUGCCUUUCGACUCCUGAAAUUUGGGCAUGGAUUAAAUGACCUUGUGAAACAAGUCUGUCAUUAGCCCUAUUUGCAGCCAUAGAAUCAGAAGUAGAGGGUAAGGAACCAGUUAGCAAUUUGGAUGUAGGAGAACUCUUUUUACACAACCAGCAGGUACUUACAUUGCUUACGUUUCGAUGUCUCUCAGACACCUUCGUCAGAGCUAAUAAUCUAACUGGAGUUCUGCUUCUCACCGCAUUGAAAUGUAAGCAAUGUAAGUACAUGCUGGUUGUGAAAAAAGAAUUCUCCUAUAUUCUAAAUUCUACCAACCUGAUGAAACUAUUUUCGUCAGUUAGCAAUUCUCUAGAUAGGCUGUCAGUAUGAAGACGUCUACACAAUCAUGCUCAUCGAAAGUUGUAAACUUCUCACCUUUAGCCAUUCAGGCUGCACCCAGAGGUAUGGUUGGGCAGUUGAAACGACAGUUAAAGUUGUAAAGGAGCUCUGUGCAAAGGAGUUUGUAGGGAUGAAAGGGCGAUAGGCGAAUGACGUUUUUUUAGAACACUCCUUCCAUAGAUGUUUGAAUGGGCUAGCCGUAAAGCCAUGUCACUGGAAUAGUUUUAAAACCAGAAGGAGGGUUUGAGUACCAGACAAGUUGUGUUGAAAGGUGCAUUCUGUACUACUAACUUUCCAGUGAUGCAUAUACUUGCCAAGGACAGAUCAAGAUUGUCAGUAGUUCUCCUUUAUUUAUGCUGCCUACUAUCUCAUACAGUACAUUGUUUGGGGCAGGGAAUCUUUCUGCUGCAGUUUUACAUGUACAUACAUUUUUGGCGAUGCCCCAGGGAAGAGCCUGCUGUACAGUGUUCGAUUCGGUUUGUUCUAUUUACAUUCACCUCCAGUUACAACCAGUUCUCCAGUUACAACCUCUAGUCACAACCUUUCUUGGUCUGUCCACCGUAUGAUAACAGUGUUAUGGUUUUUGCUGUCAUUUCAAAUUCCUAUGGUUACGAAUUUUGACAGCUAGCCAACAAAGAAUUAGAGGGCAGAGUUAAGUUGAAUAUGAAGUGCCAUUUGUGUGACUAUAAUGUAACCCUGCUAGGCUACUCGUCUUAAAGUCAUUUUCCACUUUGUGGCGCUUUUACUUUACUCAGAACAUGUAUAGCAUUGUACAUACCUGUACCUGUAAGAUAGUAUAAAUCUGUGUUGUUGUCAGGCCUCCUUUUCUCAAAUAAAGAUUUUUUAGCUCUCUUUCUUUUAUACAAACUGGCAAAUUGAUAUCAUAAACAUGCUGAGAUAAAAUGGGAAACAAUCACAGAUUUUUUAAACUGGAAAUGAAAAAAGAAACUUGCUUUUUUUUCUAGACAGAAAUAAUUGUGUCAUUUUUAAGGUAGAGUAAAACUUGACUGACAACAGUGCACGUUAUGUACCGUUUGGGGUGUUUGAAUAACAAAAUUUAAGAUUUCACUGAAAUUGUACUCAACAGCAUUCCAACUUAAAAAGGUAUCAAACACAUGGAGUCAAGUAUUAUUAACAUUUGCUGUUUGAAACAAAAUAAUCAGGAAGUGUUGUAUGUUCCACCAAGAUGUUAUUUUUGUAUGUGCAAAAGCAUCCUAAAUUUAUCCAGAGUUGUACUUCAUCAUUCAGUUUUUAUAGAUAUAUUGAGCAAACCGGUAUGUAAGUAAGAUAAUAUCUACACAAGAGAAAUAAGUACACGCAAGUAUUGUUCUUGAAAAUAUUUUACUAAUCAGAGAUGUUGAAAGCAACAGUCCCCUUUGACGAUUUACUAUCAAGGUAUAUCAUAUAACAGUUAAACUUGUUUUUGGUUAUUUCAGGAAACAGCAACCUAGUGAAUAUAGGUUUGAAACAAUUUGAUAUUUACAUGUGCACAAGUAUCUCCAAACAUUUACCACUGUGAUUUGAAAAAAACGUCGAGAUUGCAUUUUGUAGAAGAUUGUAAGUAUAUUCGUCCAGCCUUUCUGAACGAUGAAUGUACAGUAUUACAGUAACUGUAAGUUGUAAAAGUCACAAACUGUUUUGUUGUAUAUGAUUGCAUAUCAAAUGCAAUAAACCUGUUGCUUACAUA